AUGACAAGCGGCGCUGGGGACGGCUCAGAGGAUGGCUCCGAAAAAAAUGUGAAAAAAGAAAACGUCGAUUCGGCGAAAUUAGCCGCGGAGGAUGCGAUGGGCCAAGAUGACGAGGGCGUGUGGUCUCCAGACAUCGAAACAGCUUUCAAAGAAGCGAUGGAAAUCUACCCCCCUUGUGGUCGCCGAAAAAUCAUUCUUCCGGACGAAGGAAAAAUGUACGGACGAAACGAAAUGAUCGCCCGCUACAUUUUGAUCAAAACCGGAAAGAAGCGGACGCGAAAGCAGGUUUCUUCGCACAUCCAAGUUCUCGCCCGAAGAAUGGACCGGGAAAAAGGACCGCCAAGUGGCCCGAAUCAAAGUACCGCAACGAACGGAAAUUCGACCCGGCCGUCGUUGGCGAAUUCAGCUCAAAAAUUGGACGUUUUGAGACUCGUUCCAGCUUCGACUUACAGAGUCAAAGGAGAUGAUUCGAAAGAACUGAGGAUGUGCGAUUUUGAAAUUUCAGCGACGCAAUCGAGUUUUGGUUCGGUUUCAGAUGAUGGUAGCGAAACUCAGGUGCAGAAGCAUGUCUUUCUAUCCGUUCCCGAAUCAGCAAUGCGGCCGAGUUCUGUAGAAGACCUGUCGAUUGGAACCAUUCUCCCAGAUUUUCACAACUCCAAGGAUGGGGAAACGAGCCUAGCCCAUCUGUACGAAAAGUCGAACCACAAGGAAAACUUCUAUCUUUUGAAACUCUGGGCCGAUGCCGACUUCGUGCUGGACCCGACGAUGGAUCAAAAGUACGAGCUCAACGCCAAAUUUCAAAUCGACCAAAAACGACCGCUCGAAGUUACGACCCAAGUUUACAGCUUUUCGAAGGAAGCUAUGAGGAAAGAACAGAGUCCGACUUGUUUCGAAGAAAACGGCAGGACGUUCUUUGAACUGAAUUGGGAAUUCUGCGAGUAUGGAAAAGGCUUCAUCGAGCGGCUCCUCCAACUUUCGCCGAAUAAAGAUAAGAUGAAUGUGGUGCUCCAGCACUUCGCCAUGCUAACUUACGUGAAUGAUUCGACGACGGGUGAAAUCUUGAUCGUUCUAGCGCAGAUGUUCGAAGUUUCAAGGGACGAAGGACAUGGCCAAAACGUCUAUCACCUUAUUCCAACGCCCGUCUGA